AUGACUACAACAAAGGCCUCACACAUCACAGUUAUGCCUCCUGAAGACGAAGUAAACAGGAUGUGGCGAUGUGUUGUUGAAAGGAAACAGUUAGGAACAACGACGCUUAACAUUGACGUCGGUUCUGAAUUGGCAACUCUAUUCACACAGUGCUAUUUGCAUAACACAGUGCUGCCAAUCGAGAAAGCGAAUAUGCCAAGUGAGGUGAAAGAGCGGCUUCUCGCAUUCGUUGAAAAUCACCUUCAAAGCGAUCGACACGAAGAGGAGCCAUUCAACUGGUGCGUGAAUGUAGUGGUUGGUAACAACCAUGUAAAGAAAAGCUUGGAGGUGAUCACAGAAAUUGACUUGGGCGGCGAAAAACUCGAAUUCGACGUGGAUCAAUUUGGUAAACUUCGAUAUCAACUCGCCUCUGCCAUCGUGGCCAUGGAAAAACACUCUUCCUCAUGA